AUGUACAGUCGCGAUUCCAAGAUAAUGCGCAAACUUCUCGGCCGAACCAUCCCCGAGGCGGGAACCUCGUCGUCCAACUCGCCCAGCGGCCACGAGAACGUCGAACAUACGCUGGCUCCGACCUCAGUUCCCACGACCUUUCGUCCCCCGAAAGCGCAAGACUCUGUUUACGAUGCCGGCGUCCCGGUGUCCUGUCUCGACGUGUCCCAGGAUGGGCGAACCGUCGCAUUGGGCGGCGCACACAUCCUCAAGACCAUCAGCCUCGAUGAGGAGCGGCCCUUGUCGUUCAGCGAGGGCGUGGACAUUCGUGCUUCGAUCGCAAAGACGGCCACGGGCGGACCCAGGGGAAGCUCCAUUGCCGACCAAUUGAAUAUCAAAGACGUCAAGUGGUCGCAAAGCAACCUCAUAUUCACAGCCUGCGCCAAUGGCCGCAUUUUUGCCUACGACGCUCAUCGAAUAGGCAGCGACGCGCCGCACGACACGGUCCAUGUGCAGGAAGACUCGCGCCAGAUCGAUACGUUGAGCUUUAGUCCCCAUGCGCCUGCGUGGCUGCUGUCCGGGGGGAAGGAUGGAGUGGCGCGCAUCUUUGACACCGAGAAGCCGAUCCAGACGAGGCGCGGCUAUAUCACUUUUCGGCAACGGUGGUCGGGCCUGCGCUGUAUCGACCCGAUCAAUCAGGUGGCCUGGUCGCCCAGGGUUGGGUUCGAAAUUGCCGUCGGCAUGGAGAGCGGUACCAUUCUGAAGUGGGAUGUUCGACAGCCCAGCAGGCCUCUGAUGAGGAUCAAUGCUCACGAGAAGGCGUGCACGGAUAUAUCGUGGCAUCCAGAUGGGCUGCAUCUGAUCAGCGCUGGCUCAGAUCGCAAGCUGCAUGUGUGGGACAUGGGGACAAGCGCGGACCGGAGACAAAAGCCAAAGUGGACAGUGCAGACGCCUGCGCCGGCUGCGGUGGUGGCAUGGAGGCCAGGUCUUUGGAGUGCGUCGGCUGGAGGAAGGCGAGUGGCCCAAGUAGCUGUCAGUUACGACGACUCCAGCUCGAAACGGUACGGCACGUCAGCAGUCCAUAUUUUUGAUCUCGCACGGCCGACGAUGCCGUACAAGGAGAUUGAACGGUUCGAGUCGUCGCCAAGCGGGCUUCUCUGGCGAGAUCAGGAUAUGCUGUGGACCGUCGGGGCAGAUGGAACAUUUAAUCAGUGCGAUGUUGGUUUUGCGCCUCGGGCGGUGGAUCGACAAAGUACAAGCGCAAUGGACAUCAGCUCGAGAGGCGACGUGCUCAUGUUCCUGGAUGAGAGGCCACAGCAACCCAGGGCUCGAGCCAGCGUCACCCGCGUGAGGGAUGCAAACAGAAGCUUCGCUUCAAGCCCCCAGACGCCGAUGAGUGUCAGUAGGAGUGAUUCAGAGGAGGACGUCGUGGGCAGCUUCUUGGCCCCAAAGAGACGAAUGCACCGACGGCGCGGGAGUGGCCGUAGGCCUGGUCUGAGCUCGACGCCGCCGCAUGCCGUGGAAGAACUGGGGACAUCACCGAACCCUCUCGGCCUGGAAGAUUCCGUGGCAGUUACGGGCCUUUUCAAAAUGCAGCAGGCCAUGGCAUUUGGCCAUGUCCCGGCGGCCAAGAGCGUGGGCGUUUACCAGUACUUAUCAAGUGUCUACUUGGAAACACUGGGAAAGGAGCUGCCAUACCAGCAGGGUGGGAAGGACUUGUGCGACCGUGUCAUGCGUAUCAUAGAGAUUUACGCGCGGGCUGCCGAGGCCGUGAGUCUUUUCCGACUCGCCCAGACAUGGCGCAUCAUGGCCUUUGGCAUGUCGCUGCUGUUGCGCAGGAGGGCGCAGUACCACUUUGAGACGAGAAUUGCGCUUUCGCAAAAGAUGAAAUCGUCCAAGUUUCACGAUGGCGAUGCGUCGCGGCGAUCUUCUUUGCAGGACCGGUUUCCAGGACGAACACAUGUCACAGAUAUGGGCAGCACAAGUAACGUGCCCACUCCGUUGGCCCGCCCUGCGGACCGAGGUGUCGAAUACUCGGACCACGCAUACAAAGCCGGGAAGAUGCUUACGCCAAUUGAGGAGCCAUCGUCCUUUAGUAUUGGACCCAAUCUUCAUGGUCCGUCAGGAUACGAGCCACCGCAGCGCAAGCGGUUGGAGUCGACGCCGAUAUCCAUCACGAGCGAGACCAGCGAAGAGACGCAAAAGUCAAGCACCGAGGGCUAUGAUUUCUACGACAUGGAUGCUCUGGUGGAGGCGAUUGAUGUGCCGCAUUCAAAUGACAGCAGUUGGGGCACCGUUUCAACACAACGAAGAAGAAGCACGUUAUCCAGAAAUGACUCCUCCGAUAGUUACGAUGUCUUUCCGCUUCCACAGGAGGAUGGCUCACUUGGGCGAAAGGGAGGGCUUCCGCAAGAGGACAGUGUCAUGAGUGAAUACCAAAGUCGGAUACGCGGCGAGACCAUGUCCAAUGGUUCAGAUUCGUCUCCCGAAAGGUUCAGGAGACAUAUGGCCGACUCUCCUGAGGAUGUCUUUAUGAUAUCUCAAACGACAGACCCUGCAGACGAGCCCGUGUCCCGCGGGUCCGUUUCCGACACGCCUCGAAUGUCACCCCCCAAAUCGCCCAAACCACCCAGUCCUGCAAAGCCGAGGCAGCCGACAAUUGAUGCCACGCCUCACAUCAUUGAGCCGGAUUUCUUGCCGUGGGACGACGACCCUCCUUACCCCCACCCGUUGAUAUCGUCCACGUCUGCGUCGAGCGGCCCGCCCCUCGAUCCGGAAACCAUCAUUACCAGGACGCUGGCAUUCGAGUCCAAGACGUCGCCCCUGACGCCGGCGGCCAUCAUACUUCUCUUACGGCCACUGGUGGCGGAGGACACGAUCCCCCUAGCGCAGGCGACUGCGAUUUUGAGGCAACACCACAACAGACUGACGUCCAUGUCGCUCUUCACCGAAGCUGCGCAACUUCGCAAUCUGGCCCUCAAGGGUUGGAUGGGUCUCCCGGAUUGGGGCGAGGACUACCCAACCAUCUUUGCCACCGCACAGCGCGACGUCAAGGUCUCCUACCUCUGCUCAUCGUGCAAGCGGCCUAGGGAAAUUGACCCUGCGGAUGCCAAGUCCUCCGUUUGGUUCUGCGACCGCUGCAAGAGCGUCAUGGCACCUUGUGCAGUCUGCCAGCACCGCGAGCCGGAGCCCUCAUCGUUCAUGCCCAGUGCUGAGGAAGAAGGGAAGGACGACUCCCUCUCGGGUUGGUGGUACUGUCCUAUCUGCGCCCACGGCGGCCACGCGUCUUGCUUAACGCUAUGGCACAAAGAUCAGUUCUCGUCCGGUUGCUGUCCGCUCGAUGGCUGCGGACAUGCUUGUCUUCCCGGGCGAUACCGGAGCGAGUCGUUCAUCUCGCGGGCGGAUGAAGUUUCAAGAGCCGUUGGCAGUGUCAGCGGUACGAGUACGCCCAAGGGUCCAGGUCCGUCAGAGGUGCUGCAGAGCAAAGCCGUGGGCAUGGCCAGGGAGGUCCUCAGUGCUGGUGCGAGUAUCCUGAGCAGCUCCCCUGGAAGAGGGGGCGAACGCGAGCGGAGGAAGAGCGUCAAGUUUGCAAAGACAGAAAAUUAA